AAGGCCGGCCUGCGGCACCCGCCACCGUUGCCGAGCGCCCGCACCCGGGUCUGCUGGGAAACAGAAAGAACUCUGAGAAGAUAGAAUGGUAUGCUGCAUAGUACAGCAGAAGCAGAUGUUCCAGUACAGCAACAAAGGAUGUUCAAGAUAAUGAUUAUAUUAAACUCAAAUGUAUAAUUAAGAAGACAGGAGCUGUGACUAAUGAGAAUCAAAGGCCAUGGAUGAAGAUGAACUUGAAUUACAGCCACAAGAGCCAAACUCAUUUUUUGAUGGAAUAGGAACUGAUGCUACACACAUGGAUGGUGAUCAAAUUGUUGUGGAAGUUCAAGAAACGGUUUUUGUUUCAGAUGUUGUGGAUUCAGAUAUAACUGUACAUAACUUUGUUCCUGAUGACCCAGACUCAGUUGUAAUCCAAGAUGUUAUUGAGGAUGUUGUUAUUGAGGAUGUUCAGUGCUCAGAUAUCUUAGAAGAAGCAGAUGUGUCUGAAAAUGUCAUCAUUCCAGAGCAAGUGCUUAUUACCUCAGAUGUAACCGAAGAAGUUUCUUUAGCACAUUGCACAGUCCCAGAUGAUGUUUUAGCUUCUGAUAUUACUUCAGCCUCAAUGUCUAUGCCAGAACACGUCUUGACAAGUGAAUCCAUACAUGUGUCUGACAUUGGACACGUUGAACACGUUCAUGAUAGUGUAGUUGAAGCAGAAAUCAUCACUGAUCCUCUGACAACUGAUGUAGUUUCAGAAGAAGUAUUGGUAGCAGAUUGUGCCUCUGAAGCAGUCAUAGAUGCCAACGGGAUCCCUGUGGACCAGCAAGAUGAUGACAAAGGCAACUGUGAGGACUACCUAAUGAUUUCCUUGGAUGAUGCUGGCAAAAUAGAACACGACGGUUCCUCUGGAAUGACCAUGGAUGCAGAGUCGGAAAUGGAUCCUUGUAAAGUGGAUGGCACUUGCCCUGAAGUCAUCAAGGUGUACAUUUUUAAAGCUGACCCUGGAGAGGAUGACUUAGGUGGCACUGUAGACAUUGUGGAGAGUGAGCCUGAGAAUGAUCGUGGAGUUGAACUACUUGAUCAGAAUAGCAGUAUUCGUGUGCCAAGGGAAAAGAUGGUUUACAUGACUGUUAACGACUCUCAGCAAGAUGAAGAUUUAAAUGUUGCAGAAAUUGCAGACGAAGUUUAUAUGGAAGUGAUUGUAGGAGAGGAGGAUGCUGCUGUUGCAGCAGCAGCCGCUGCUGCAGUGCAUGAACAGCAAAUGGAUAACAAUGAAAUCAAAACAUUCAUGCCAAUAGCAUGGGCAGCAGCUUAUGGUAAUAAUUCUGAUGGAAUUGAAAACCGGAAUGGUACUGCAAGUGCCCUCUUGCACAUAGAUGAGUCUGCUGGACUUGGCAGACUGGCUAAACAAAAACCAAAGAAAAGGAGAAGACCUGAUUCCAGGCAGUACCAAACAGCAAUAAUUAUUGGCCCUGAUGGACAUCCUUUGACUGUCUAUCCUUGUAUGAUUUGUGGGAAAAAGUUUAAGUCGAGAGGUUUUUUGAAAAGGCACAUGAAAAACCACCCUGAACACCUCACCAAGAAGAAGUACCACUGUACUGACUGUGAUUACACUACCAACAAGAAGAUAAGUUUUCACAACCACCUGGAGAGCCACAAGCUGACCAGCAAGGCGGAGAAGGCCUUUGAAUGCGAUGAGUGUGGGAAGCAUUUCUCUCAUGCUGGGGCUUUGUUUACUCACAAAAUGGUGCAUAAGGAAAAAGGAGCUAACAAAAUGCACAAGUGUAAAUUCUGUGAAUACGAGACAGCUGAACAAGGGUUAUUGAAUCGCCACCUUUUGGCAGUACACAGCAAGAACUUUCCUCAUAUAUGUGUGGAGUGUGGUAAAGGUUUUCGUCACCCAUCAGAGCUCAAAAAGCACAUGCGAAUCCAUACUGGGGAGAAGCCGUACCAAUGCCAGUACUGCGAAUAUAGGUCUGCAGACUCUUCUAACUUGAAAACGCAUGUAAAAACUAAGCAUAGUAAAGAGAUGCCAUUCAAGUGUGACAGUUGUCUUCUGACUUUCUCAGAUACCAAAGAGGUGCAGCAACAUGCUCUUAUCCACCAAGAAAGCAAAACUCACCAGUGUUUGCACUGCGACCACAAGAGUUCGAACUCAAGCGAUUUGAAACGACAUGUAAUUUCAGUUCACACAAAGGACUACCCCCAUAAGUGUGAUAUGUGUGAUAAAGGCUUUCACAGGCCUUCAGAACUGAAGAAACAUGUGGCUGCCCACAAGGGUAAAAAAAUGCACCAGUGUAGACAUUGUGACUUUAAGAUUGCAGAUCCAUUCGUUCUGAGUCGCCAUAUUCUCUCAGUUCACACAAAAGAUCUUCCAUUUAGGUGUAAGAGAUGUAGAAAGGGAUUUAGGCAACAGAAUGAGCUUAAAAAGCAUAUGAAGACGCACAGUGGUAGAAAAGUAUAUCAGUGUGAGUACUGUGAGUAUAGCACUACAGAUGCCUCAGGCUUUAAACGGCACGUUAUCUCCAUUCAUACGAAAGACUAUCCUCACCGUUGUGAGUACUGCAAGAAAGGGUUCCGAAGACCUUCAGAAAAGAACCAGCACAUAAUGCGACAUCAUAAAGAAGUUGGCCUGCCCUAACAAUACUUUCACAGACUUUUGUAGAGAUGUUGGCUUUUAAAAGCCAAUUUUAAAGCCGAUCAGUUUUGUUCACAUACAGUACUGUACAUUGAUUUAUACUGUGUACAGAUAGGAUUAUUCCUUCUCGUUACCUUUACAUUUUAUUCAGUAGUGUUCUGAAUCCUAUUUAGUUUGUUUAAUGAGGAAAAGUAGCAACAAACAAGUUGCUUUCAAUAAAAUAAUCCCUGAUUCUGUAUUGAAUUUUUCCAUCUUAGAAGUUUUAACUAUUUAAGUAUUUACUUUAUUCACCUUGAUGGUACUCUUCUAAGACGAUUAAAGAUAAAAACAUGAUUUAGUAACUCUAAAAGUAAUCAUUUUGACUCGUUUUUCCCCCACAAAUUCUUUGCAUUAAAUAGAAACAUCUGGAAUAUAAAUGGGAGAUUUUACUGUCAGUUCUAAUUAUAACAUGAGUCAUUUACUUGUCUAGCUUAACAUUUUCAAAUCACAUGACCGUGAAACUUUGCAUUUGAGCCUCAACAUUGAAUAUAGUAUAUUGGCUAAGUUUGUGCUUAGUUUUCAUUCUGUUUAACAGGCAAAAUAUGCUUCUUUUUACUUUCUUUGUAGUGUUUACAUUUUUUGCCAGCACAGCACACUUUUAGAAGUGGUAUUGAAAGGUUUUGCUUUUUCCUGUUUUUCAUUCUUCUGUCUGUACUCCCUUGUUUUAGAAUAGUUAUGUUCUGUAAAUGAGACUUAUUGUGAACUAAGUUUUGGAAUUUUUUAGAGAGAAAUGUGGCUCAUAUGAUUUUGCAAGGUACCCUAAAUUUUAUAUGUGCCUGUAUGUUGCUUAUUUUACAUACUUAAACACACAAUCCCAAAUUCUAAGUCUAUGAUGAAAAGUAUUAAAUGUACAAUGAACUGAAAGAUCCACAGAUGUAUGAAGGAGCAUUUUUGCCAACUUUUUAUUCAGAAGGAUCAAAAUUUAGCUGAAGAAAUAGGAAAAAAAUAAGGACACUAAUAUUUUUAUAAAGUGAAGUAUUAUCUUAUAAAAAUCUUUGGUAAUUGGAAAAGAGAAGUUAAUGGUAUUUCUAGAUAGAAUGCUUUCAUACAGGUUUAUCUUCAUACCUUAAAAAUUUCUGAAAACCUAAUGAGUACCAGUAGAUAUUAAUCUCUCUGUUCAGACCGAGAAGCCUGUAAAGAACCUGUCUUCUCACAAAAUAAGGCAGAGAGUAAGGAAGCGGUGGCUGUAUAUACUAGAGAAUGGGUGCAAAUUAAACUUGACAAGCUCAGCCUGCGUUUUUAUUUCUUAGGCAGUUAGCAAACUUGAAAAAUAUUUAAUACUCAAGUUGCCUUUUAUUAGAAGACAGAAGUUGUAUUUAAAGUACAUAAUAAAAUGUAAGGCUUUAUUUGAAAUAUAAAUUCUUUCACAGUUUUGUUUUUUAUUUGAGAGUUGAAAUAUUUUAAGCAGUUAGUGAGUCAUAAACAUAGAUAUAAAAUGAAUUCAGUUAAUUAGAAUUUGGUUGUGUUAAUACAAAUUUUGGAGAAAAGGAAACACGUUUUAGGUUGCUCAAAUUAGCUAUUGGCACAUAUAUACUGGCACACUGUGGGAGAUUAGAAAUUUUUCUUCCCUUGUGGUAGGUACCUUACAACUUCAUUAUGGUGCUUUCUUCUACUCCUGUAGAGGUUUUACCUUUCUCUGUGCCAUUCAUAUUCAGAAGUUAUAUUAAUACAGUCAGAAAUCUAAGCAUUUGGGGUUUUUCACAGCCACUCAAGGCUAGAUUAAUUUAAUCUCGUUCUAAAUCAAGUGAUUUAGGUAUAUAGGAAUUUAAACCUAAUGCCAGCCACAGCCACAAAUGGAUUUUGGAACUUCUGCCUUCUUGGCCCUCAUAUAUGUCCCCAUCUGUUUUAUUGUCCAUCUGUUGACCUGUUCUGGAAAACUCUUAUUUUUGUAUGUGAGUAUCUUUUAAAUCUCCCUCAAAUUUGUUAUUCCCUGAAGUAACAUAAAAGGAAAUGUUUAAUGAAAGUUUACAUUUAAGAAUUUUAAAACAUUCUGUAAAAUUAAUAUAGAUAAAUAAUUUUAUUUUAAAAAUACACUGAAAGAUAAAGAACAACACUUUACAUCAUAUUUCUCACAUUCUGGAGUCAUAAACAGUUGUUUUGUUUUUAAGCGCAAUAUUGAGACCUUUAAAAGGUAUUAAGGAUUUGGUCAAGUUAAUAUAAAACAUUGCCUUUAUAAAGAAAAAAUGAAAUUGUACUUACUGUUAUGUACUGAUAUUAAUUGAGGUUGUUUUAAUUCUUAAAACAAUUUGAUUAGCAAAGCUAAAAAAGUAUAUGUUUCAGUUUAGUGUUUAAAGAGGUACCAAUUUUUAGAAGAACAUAAGUUAUUGUUUUGUUGAAAUAACCUGUCAGAUAUUGUAUGUUCCCUCCUUUGUACACAUUGUAAAAUACUUAAAGUAAAAUACUUAAUAAGAAAUUCAUAUAGAAGAAUGUGACACUAUUGUAAAUGUGUACUUGAGAGUAACAUGCAAAAAUAAA